GGAGCGCUGUUCUCUUUCACUCUGUCACUCUCUUCUCGCAAACGCAACGGCUUCGCGCGCUCGAACGCACCAUCAUUGGGGGCAUGAUCCGAGAAGAAUUAUGCGAGAACACACACACACACACACACACACACACACAACAUACGGAACACGCCUACCCAUACUGCAACUACUGGUUUCCCUUCCGAUGUAUCCGUUCUGUGCGUGGCUAUCGGUCUCUUCCUCAAGACUAGGGUAGGGAUUGGUAUUGUGCGAAAGGCCCGAAUCUACUGCUUCGGAGCUCAUUUUAUCUGGUUAGUUCCUCUGGAAGCAUCCGUCAGGCUUCCUGGUACUGGCCAAUUCACUCAGGCUAGCAGAGGUUGAACCUCUCGAGCAGGAGAAAUGGACAAUGGAAGACAAUCCGGUCCAUUAUCGGAGUCCAACAAUAACAAACCGGGAAAGCGGUCCUCAUCGCAUCAUCGCUCCCUCUCUCCUCCCCACUAUCCUCUCACCGCUUACGCUUGAUGUGCAUUCCGACCGUCGGUUGCGCAUUGCAUAGAUGGCAUUGCCAUCUGAGCGAAAAGUGGGUCAACAUCCAACAAGGAGCCGCAGCAGCAGCAGCAGCUGUACAGCGUUGAAGCUCGAAAGUGAAACCCCUGCUCCGGGUGACGAACAAACCCUGUUAAAAUUUAUAACUGUUAGCACCCGACAACUCGACGACGACGACGACGACGACGACGACGAAGACGACAUUGACUACGCGGAUGCAACGGUCGCAUACGGCUGCCCUGCGCAAAUCCUUUUGCACCCUGUAUAGUAUGCAAGGCCUCCCUAUCGUUCGUACACUGCCUAGAUCAUGCAUCAUCCUUUCAUUUGGCUCCCCUUCGCGCCCCUCCAUCCUCACAGCAUCACUCGCUCGCUCGCUCCAUUCUCCAUCAUUUCACGGCUUUCGCUCUGGCGUCUUGCGGUCCUUGCACUGCCGCAAGCGCGAACAACUCCGACCCACAUUUUUCCCUCCGCAGAAGUCCCACAAAAACGGCAUCGCUGAUAGCGCGACGGGGCAGGAACGCAGAUGGGACGAAAAGUGUGUCUCGCGCGAAGUUGUUCUUAUCAUGUGACGCAUCACGUCUACAGCAGCGCGUAUGCUAGGGGUCGUGUGUUUUUUUUUUGUUUUGUUUGGUCCGUGACUAACUCAUCUAACCUCCGCAUCACGUACCAUCUACUAAUCCGGGGUUAGUUGUUAGGAAUCGGACUGGGAUACGUUCAGGGGUGAUGUUGGUGCACGGGAUAUCGAAAACAAUUUCAAUUGCAGAUCUCCUAACAUGGUUGAGCUGCACUGUGAUUUGGAAUCAUUGCACUGCGUAAAUCAGUUCCGCAUGCGUAUCCCUAGGCUACUAGCGCUACUACCUCUCACACGCCUCGUUUGAUGACUUUAGCUCGUCUGUACAACCAGGCCUGCAUUGAUCCUGCAUGUUCAGCAUAAGCAUCAUUAUCAUCAUCAUUAUCAAAACAAACAAACUAACAACAUGCCAAUUUACUGUGCUGCACCUGGUGGUUGGAUUGUGCUGAUAUGUGCGUGUUUCUGUGGGCCUAGGAUUCCCACCGUUGCGGCGGCGCACCGUCACCGCCGUCAAGGUUCAUCGAGCUUGCUCGGCGGGGGCAAUGCGUCCAGUCCAGCACUCUGGAUGGUUCCAAAUUUGGCUGUUUGUUUGCUGCCCCCUUCACAAACACCGUUUGCGUAAACGUCGACUGACCUCGCAUUUUGCUGACGUCGCGUAGUGGCGCAAACCGCAGCCGUCUGCUGAAAUUCGCGGCUCAGCGCGACGCGUAUUAUAAAUAAACCGAAGCGACGCGAUACGAUCGAUUAGGAUUUGUAUCGAGCGGAAGAAAAGGCGUGCAUUGUGCAUUUGCGUGCUUGAGUUGUGUGUUGUGGGUCCGGUUCCAUGUUGGAGCCGCCGGAUCUGCAUUCGCAUCUCAUCAGCGCCUACAAUGGCAAUUCGAUUCGCUUUACCGUCAUCGUUUAUAUUUAUAUACAAACAUACCAAGACACUAACAUUACCAUUCCUUCCUUGCCAAUUGUAUUACCUAUUGCUUGAAAUGGUUUCUUUCGGUCGCGCUAAAGAAGUAAAACAUUUUGGAUGCGCAUUCGACAUUGCACCAAAAGUGCACGAUACUGAUAUCCAGCAUCAUAAGCAGGCCAAAACCCAGCUUCACCCAACUACCACCAUACGGUCAUGACAACGCGGCAAUGAAAUGCUCUGUUGUUUUCUGUGUCUCGUAUAUGGUCUGUGUCUGCUGUUCGCCUACGUACUGACGCUACAGCAGAUCGCUUUAUUAUCAAUCUAAUCACUACGGUGGUAGUACUGGCGCGAAGAUACCAUGAUCGUGUGUCACACAUUCAUUUGAUCAUCAUCAUCAUCAUCGUAUUAAUUCACGUCUUAAACCUCAUCUUUACCCCUACGGUACUCAUUUCAUUUCUCAUUUUUGUCUUUUUUCUCUUCUCUUUCUCUCUCUCUUUUCUCUCUCUCUCUUUCUCUCUUUCUCUUUCUAUCUCUCAUUCUCUCUCUUUGUAUUGCGUUAUAUUUUUCUCUGUUGUAUUUUGGUUUUUGCUUAAUCUGUUUUGUUCUUCCUGGUGGAAUGCGUUGUCCUGCUGACGCUAUUCAUUUCCUUCUCGGUUGGGGACUGCUAUUGUUGGUUCCUCUAAUGCAAUACAUUCUUUCGAAUCCGUUUUCCUUUCGAUGUGUGGUGCCUUGCAUCGACAUUUCCCAUUUCCACUCUUCUUCCUUUCUUUCCCCCUAUCGCCUUCAAUUUGUUUUAUUCAAUUACCGCCACCCCAUACUUUUCAUCGUCCCGUUACCGAUCGAUUCAACCGAACGCACACACGAUGCUGGCAAUCGAUUCUCUCUCUUCAUAAACACUCACAUACAUACAUACACAUACACACCAAUCAACACAUACAUCAUUGCAUGUUUGUACGUGACGAUGACCAUGGUGACUACGCAACCCCGACCACGACGACACGCGCUUAUGGACGCUGCCGCGCGACGAUCUCUGGACGCCAUGACCACUACCACUACCGACCACGGCACCGAGCAUUCGAUCCUUGUCCUGCUCCUACCCCAAUCCCCCUAACACACUUUGAUCAUCUACUAAAUUUGACCCCACCCCACCCCAUCCCACCACCGUCUCCUCGGUUUGCCGGGUUCGCCGCAUGCAAUGCAAACAGGCGCAUGAAGCUGCUGCUGAGCGAGUUCGCUGUACUGAUGUACACGUGUGCUGGACUCGGCAUUACGAUCCAUGGUCAGCAGGCGGCACGCCACGAGGCGCCGGUGCUAGUCGUAUCGCCGCACAGCUCCUUCCUCGAUGCGGUCAUCAUCUACUUGACCGGGUUGGCCAGUCCGUUGGUGCGGAACGCCGACCGCAAUCUCGGGAAGCUAAUCGAUUAUGCGCAACCGAUCUACGUGUGCCGCGAGGAUCCCCACUCACGCCAGAGUACGAUCCGGGAGAUCAUACAGCGGGCCAACUCACCUGAGGACUGGCCCCAGAUACUGAUUUUCCCGGAGGGUACCUGUACCAACCGGACGUCUCUGAUCCAGUUCAAACCGGGCGCCUUCUAUCCGGGCGUCCCGAUUCAGCCUGUGCUGAUGCGCUACCCAAACAAAAUCGAUACCGUCACUUGGACCUGGGAGGGACCGGAUGCCAUCCAACUGCUGUGGCGCACACUGACUCAGUUUCACACGUUCUGCGAAAUCGAAUUUCUUCCCGUGUACUAUCCGAGCGAGGAGGAGAAGGCGGAUCCGAAGCUGUAUGCACGCAACGUCCGCAACCUGAUGGCUCGGGCCCUGGACAUACCGAUCUCCGAUUACACCUUUGAUGACUGCAAGCUAAUGACGUUCGUGAAAAAUGUGCACCUACCGUACGCGGCCUCCAGUGCUGACAUUGAGAAGCUGCGCAAAACGCUAUGCUUGGACCAGCGUAACCCGGAAAUGUCCAUCGUGCGCCUGGAGCGUGAAUUCAAUGAUAGGAACAGCUACGUCACGAUUGAGGAAUUUGCCAAUCGUCUGCAGAUUGACGCUGAGGAUGAAUCGACCGUCGGUCUGUUUAGGAUAUUUCUCAAGACCUCCAACGGCACUGUUAUCGACUUCAGAGAGUAUCUAUUGCUGACCCUCUUCCUUAUCACGCUUUACACACCGAAGUUGCAGUAUGUGGAAGCCUUAUUUCAGUUAUACGGUGUAGAUGGGUGCGUGGACCGCGAAAGGCUGUAUGACACGUUGAAGUAUCUGGUACGGAUCUCUCACGCCGAUGUUGACGCUCUAUUCUUUGCCAGCGAUGCGCAAAACCGUGGAACGAUAAACUUUGAACAAUUCUGUGCGGCCAUCGAACAGCAUCCGCUGCAGAGGAAGCUGCAGAAGAACAACGAUCCCAACAACCUUCGACUGGGCUAAGGUUGAUAAUGCCAGAGAAAACGGUAUCCGGCUUGCCUCAAUCAUCCCUAGCCGUG